GGAAGUCCAAACCGAAGAACAUAGAGCCAGACGACGGAGGUUAAGUGAAGAGAUGAAUGAAGAGACAGGGCACAGCCUCGAUCCUACGAUCUCCGCCGCCGUCUCUACCGGUCACGAUGAUGGAGGAGGAGAAGUCGACGCGGUGAUGGCUGAAGUCGGUGGAGGAGGCGGCGGUGGUGCUGACAAGAAGAGCAAAGUUAGGGGGCCUUGGUCGCCGGAGGAAGACGUGGUUUUGAGUGAACUUGUGAGCAAGUUUGGGGCGAGGAAUUGGAGCCUGAUCGCUCGAGGUAUCCCUGGGCGCUCUGGGAAGUCGUGCCGUCUGCGGUGGUGUAAUCAGUUAGACCCUGCUGUUGAGCGCAAGCCCUUUACUGAGGCAGAGGACCGGAUUAUAAUCGAUGCCCAUGCAAUCCAUGGAAACAAAUGGGCAUCCAUCGCAAAACUGUUGCGAGGUAGAACAGAUAAUGCAAUCAAGAAUCACUGGAAUUCAACACUAAGGCGCAGAUGCAUCCAGCCUAACGCUUAUAUGUGCGUUUCUAGUACUAAGAUGGAGAUUGAAAACAACCACUUUGACGGACCAAAGACAACCUCAGAGGACACUUUAUCUAAUGGGAACAUGAAUCAAGUAAAAGCUCCAGAGUACGAAGAUGGCAGUGCAAUGGAGGCUGAAGAUAUACCCUCGGCAGAUCAGAAUGAGCAUGUCCCUGAAACCCUUCCGCAUCCAACCCCACAUUAUGGAGCAUUUACCGUUUAUACCCCUCCAAAUGGAAGAAUUCAAAAUGGGCAAUUGAGAAGUGUUGUACCCAGAGAGGGACCUUUAAUACAGGCCUCUAAACCAGAAAGUAUGGGGUUUAAGUUUCUAAAAGGUUAUUGCAGUGAGUGUGUGACUCCAUCAAGGUGUGGCCAUGGUUGCUGUUCUGGUCCUGAAAAUAAUGCUGCUUCCCAUUCGUUAUUGGGUCCUGAGUUCGUUGAAUAUGAAGAACUUUCUCCUUUGGCAAGCCAAGAAUUGGCCGCCAUCGCUACAGAUCUAAACGCCAUUGCUUGGAUCAAAAGCGGGCUAGAAAAUCCUGGAGCCAGCCAACGACAAACUCCUCAUAUCUCCCUCCCAACUUUUGCAUAGAAGAAGUCCAAAGAAAUGUUGAGGUAUUAAUCAAAAUUUACCCUUUUUUUCCUGAAUAUAUAUAUAUAUAUAUAGUUAUAGUAGUUAUAGGCUUACGAAACCCAAGCUUAUAGAGUUCCCCUUUGGUUCAUGAUAUGAAAUAGUAUCUGAAUUGCAUUUGAAC